GACUUCACAAUCUCUUUCCCGGCUCCAGUAAUCAAAGUGCCUGACUUGUACGUGCUUCUUACGAACGGCACAGUGAUAUAAAGCCUGCACAGAGAUGAGCAAUCCUCGAGAAACAGGCAGAAAAAAGUCCCAGUGAGACAGGAAGUUGCCUGGUUCCUGAUGCGUAAACUAGAGAGCAGAGCAGCACUGUCGGACGCGGAGCCUGUUUCUGCCCUGGCAUCUUGAGCAACUGCCGGGCUCCCGGCCAGGCCCCCUUCCUUUGUCCCCCCCUAGCUGAUGGAUACCAAGGGGCUCCUGUCCUUGAGCCUCCUGCUAAUUCUGUCCCUGGCUUUUGAGCUGAGCUAUGCAACAGGUGGGGGCGUGAUGAACUGCCCAAAGAUUCUCUGGCGGUUGGGAAGUGACGUGGUGCUGCCCCUGACAAGUGAACGGAUAAAUAAAAGCAUGAACAAAAGCAUUCAUAUUCUUGUCACCAAGGCCGAGUCACCAGAAAGCAGCAUCAAGAAGAAAAUAGUAUCUCUUGAUCCAUCUGAAAAGGGCUCUCCAAGUUACCUGGAGGAUGGCUAUCAGUUCCACCUGGAAAACCUGAGCCUGGUGAUCUUGGGCAGCAAGAAUGACAGCGAGGGAUGGUACUUUAUGAGCCUGGAGGAAAACAUCUCAGUCCGGCAAUUUUGUGUGCAGCUGGAGCUUUAUGAGCAGGUCUCCACUCCAGAAAUUAAAGUGUUAAACUCAACUCAAGAGAAAGACAAUGGGACAUGCAGCUUGAUACUCUCCUGCACAGUGGAGAAGGGGGACCACGUGACUUACACCUGGAGUGAGGAGGGCACCCACCUGCUGAGCUCAGCCAACAGCUCCCACCUCCUGUACCUUACCCUUGGUCCGCAGCAUGCUGACAAUGUCUACCUCUGCACUGCAAGCAACCCCGUCAGCAACAGCUCCCAGGCCUUCAGUCCAGGGCAUAGGUGCGGUUUCAAGUCCUCGGAAUCAAGACAAUGGGGACUGUAUGCUGGACUGUUGCUAGGGGGCAUCGUGGGUGUCAUCAUGACUAUUGAAGUGGUAAUCCUACUGUGGAGAAGAAGAGGUAACAAAAACCAAUACCAACCAGCUGCGGAAGAAAAAAGCCUUACUAUCUACGCCCAAGUCCAGAAAGCAGGUACUCUUCAGAAGAAACCUGACCCCCUGCCAGCUGAGGACCCCUGCACCACCAUUUAUGUGGCUGCCACAGAGCCAGUCCAGGAACCAAAUCCCAUCACAGUCUAUGCCAGUGUGACCCUUCCAGAGAGCUGACACCACAGACCCAGGGAAGAGACUUUCCGAAGGAAAACGGAAGUACCAAAGACAAAAACACUGAACUUGGCCCCGGGCCCUGAGACAUUGUGCACAUCUGCACAAUGUUCACAUCAAUGGUGUGGUGGUGUUUCUUCACCCAUGCCUGUGAGUCAGGGAUGGAGGUGGGACUUCCCAGGUGGUCAGCCUGCUCUGCAGCCAACUCGGACACAGAACUGAGAGCUACUUGAUACAGUUUUCCAACUUUAGUGGAGAACGUGAGUCCAGACUUCCAGACUUCUCACUCUUCCACAGGAUGGACACUAAAAUCCAAAAACAGAAAGCCAGGACAUCUAGUGCCUGUCUCAGAUGGCCGACCAACAGCCCCAAAGUCUGGAAAAGUUUACAUUUUGCUUGUUUGUCCUUUGUCCUGGGAACCGAUCCAGAUCACCUUCCAACCGGAUCAAGGCUCUGCACCUCAGUUUCUCUCUCUGAAGAGUGAAUUAUCUUAUACAUAAAACACUCUAAGACUGCUCUAUAAAAGAAGCUAAGAGAUUUGAUAUUUUAGAUGCAAAACCCAGGAGCUAAAAAAAAAAAAAAAGUCAAUAAACUGAAAGAAAGACUUUAAGGUCUUGGAGCUUUGAACGGUAGAAUGGAAACCUUCUAAGGUUUUUAAAAGUAUAGUUUUGCACAAACAACAUUCCGUUGUUGUUGUUGUUGUUGUUGUUGUCGUUGUCACUGUUUUUAAGUGUUGAGUGUUUAGUGAUUCUAAUAUAAAGUAACUUGAGAUACUCAGAGGAACUUGUUUGUCCCAAGGAGAUUUUUCACUUCCUAAAAUGAUUUUUUGUUUGUUUAUUGCUACUAGGGAUGGAACCCAGGAGCGAUUUAACUGAGCUAACUGAGCUACAUUCCCACCCCUUAUUUAUGUUUUGUUUUGAGAUAGGGUCUUCCUACAUUGCUUAGGACCUCACUAAGUUGCUGAGGCUAGCCUCAACCUUGCAAUCCUCUUGCCUCAGCCUCUCAAGCUGCUGGGAUCACAGGCAUGCACCACCCUACCUGGCUCUACAAUGAUUUUUUUAAUUGCUUUUAUUUUUUAAAUACAUGCAUGAUAGCAGAAUGCAACACAAUUCUCAUUACACAUAUGGAACACAAUUUUUCAUAUCUCUGUAUAUAAAGUAUGUUCACACCAAUUCAUGUCUUCAUACAUGUACUUUGGAUAAGGAUGUCCAUCACAUUCCACCACCAUUGUCUAAAAUGAUUUUUAAAUACAUGGAUUCCUUAGUUUCUGUUUACUCCCUUGAGUGACAAAUUGGGAGCCUCAGCUAAGACUCUCUGCUGGUUCUGAACCCAUUUACAUCCCAGGCCUCAUAUGAAAUUGGAGGUCAGAGUUACUACAGGGCACUUCUACUUCCUGAAUACCUCUUUUCUUACUAAAUUUACCUUCAAGUGGAGAAUUAAAUUAUUUUGACCCAACAGUUUCAAAUAACUGGAUGCUCAAUCACUUCGAUUCCGGGCUGCAAACACAAAGAGCCUCUUUCAGUAAACUCCUGGUUUCUUCCUAUUCUCUCCUUUUAGACAGGCCAUCUUUCAAAUUAAGGGCUUCUUUUUCUUAUGGGUUCUUGUAUGACCUUGUUGAAUAAUUUGAGAAAUAAAUAAAUAAAUAAAUAACCAAUAAUUGUUUCAUUUUCUAACAAGGAGCACCAACUCCCCAGUGCAAAAUUCUUUAUGAAGUCUUUGUCUCUUACCUUCUCUGUUCAGCCAAUUUACAUUUGAGGUUCCGGUGCUCAGGGCCUCCCCUUUCCUGGAACCAACUUCUGUGAUAGUUUCUUAGUUGUGAUCAACACAAACUGACUUUGUCUAUUUUAUGUAGAAAAGGAACCUAUUGAAAAGAUAUCAGUUAGUUCCAGUAACUGCUGGGAGACUCUGCAAAACUAUGCUUUGAAAGUGAGCAGGAAAAAGGGUCAGGACCAUAGCCAAAAUUAUAAAGCCCCGGUCAGCUGUGGUGAUGCACAUCUGAAAUCCCAACAACUCAGGAGGCUGAGGCAGGAGAGUCUCAAGUUCAAAGCCAGCCUGAGCAACCUAGAGACCCUGUCUCAAAGUAAAAAGGCUGGGAUGUAGUUCAGUGGUAAAGCACCCCUGGGUUCAAUCCCCCGUUCCAAACCAAGCCACACCAAAUUAGUUCAGGGAUGAUGACCAUCCUGAGCACCACAGUUUCAUGGCCCCAGCACUAGACAUUGGACUCUCAGGACUUAGAAACUCAGUAUUGUUGUUACUGGUCAUCAAAAUGAAUGCUCCAUAGUCCCUUCUUCGUCUUUUUUAUUUCUAGCUUCUAAUUCAAAGUUUGAGAAUUGAGAGUGGACAGUCCUAGACUUACACAGAUUCCUGUCUCCAGGGGAGGCCAAGAAUUGGAUAGUUGACACCUUCCACUUUUGUAGUGAUUGAUGGGGUCUGUCUUUUACGAGUUAGGGAAUUCCCAAGUAGAAGAAAUAACAAUCAGGUGCUGAGCAGGCAAAAAAAAAACUUCACUGCAUUAUCCUUACUUAACUUUAGGCUCAGCGGGGCACAGUGGUGCACACCUGUAACCCCACCUACUCAGGAGGCUGAGGCAGGAAGUUUGCAAGUUGGAGGCCAGCAGCAACAAUUUAGCAGGAGCCUCAAAAAUUUAGUGAAACCCUCAGCAACUUGGUGGGACCCUGUAUCAAAAUUUUAAAAGAAGGGCUGGGAAUAUAGCUCACCAACACCUGAUACAGCCCAAAUAAAACAAACUCUAAAAACUUCUCAACUUCUAAAACUUAGAAGCUCCAUUCCCAACAACUGGGUUUCUCCUGGGACUGACUUCUACUUGGUGGGAGGGCAGAAACAAAGUGGGAGGAGAGGCAAUUUCCCACUUUUCUGAAUCCCUAGGCUCCAGACUUCAUGGAGGAGGGAGGUUGUCUUGGAGGGACUCUUUGGGGCCAUCUCUUAUGCCUUGCAGCGCCAGGCCUGGGUUGUGGGAGGAAAAGCAGAUAUCUCUCCCUGGCUUCCCCCACACAUACUGUGAGUGAGCUGGAACUAACAUUUUCCUCAGACUUAAAAGAACAAAGCAGAGACUCCCAAGUCAGGUUUCCCCGUGUUCCUCCUCUAAGGUGGUUUUCUUUUGACCAAGCUUCUCUGAAUUCUGGAGAAGUCAGGAGGAACAGGCUGACUCUUGGUUUGAAGGGACUGAUGUUCUGCAAUACAACUGGGUGGAGCCCCAGGCUUCCUCCCGAGUGACAGAGCAAAGAUGUGAUGACUACAGGAUGCCUGCGUGUGCUGGCCGGGAAGCCACCACGCGUUUAUUCUCCUCCUGAUGUUUACGUGUCUACUUUGGGGAAAUGAAUAAAAUACAGCAAAUGGA